AUGCGGGAUAAAACUGAUACAACAAGUGAACAAAACGAUAAUUCACCAUGUGCAGGUGCAUGUCCUAAUACACCAGUCGAAGCUCUUGUCGAGCUUGGCCAAAAAAAUCAUUAUGGUGCUAUACCAACUGUUCGGCUUUUUCUUGCUAAGUAUCAUACGUAUCCAAACACUUUGGAAUGUACCAACAAUGAUGAAGAUAUUCUUUACCAUGUCACAACUGUUCUUGAUUAUAUUCGUGAUGAAUUGAAACAUGAUAUUAAUCAAGAUUGUGUUUUACGACGACGUCAUCAACGAACAAAACAAAAAUAUGUUUACUCACGUGUAACUGAUCUUGGUAAUGGCAUCAUGAUUGAAUUUAGUGAUGCAUCCUUGAAUUGUGAAGUUCAAAAUCCAAAUAAUUUAAAAGUUGAUCAUGCUGAUAAUUAUUUCUUAACUACAGAAGAAAUAAAAAUAUAUUAUUUACCCAAACAUGAUGUAUUUGUAGACGAUUUAUCAGAGCGUUUUUCUCAAAUGACUGUAUUUUCAUCGAAAUCAUGUACUUUAGAAAUGGUUUGUAAAAAUGAUUGUGGUUAUUAUCUUCGUGAAUCAAAAGGCAUCGUUCUUCUGCACGGUAUUCCAGGUUCAGGAAAAACUCAUUAUAUUCGAUAUCUGAUUCAAGAAGUUCAAGAUAAAACAUUGAUUUAUAUUCCACCAGAUAUGGCAAAAGAAAUUGCAUCACCAGCAUUUCUUCCUUUUCUUAUGGAAUAUCAAGAUGCUAUUCUUAUCAUCGAAGAUGCAGAAAAUAUCAUCAAAGAUCGAAAUGAAUCUGCAGCACCAUCACAAGCUGUUGCUAAUCUCUUAAAUUUAUCCGAUGGUUUAUUAGGUGAUGCAAUGCAUCAACAAAUCAUUGCAACAUUCAACUGUGAUCUGACAACAAUUGAUCCAGCUUUAUUACGUAAAGGACGAUUGAUUGCCAACUAUGAAUUUAACAAAUUAGAUUUAGAAAGUUCGAAAAUUCUAUCUGAUAAAUUAGGUUUUGGCAGAGAAUGUGUCAAUGAACCAAUGACACUAGCUGAGAUCUAUAAUCAAAAUGGAAAAAAUAGUCAAUUAGAUGAUUAA